GCCUGGCCUGGGGUUGCAGGGUGCAUUUGGGACUAGUGCAGACCCUCGUGAUUGGGUGUUGGAUCUUACUUGUUUCACUAAUCCUUUUUUCCUUUUUCCCCCUCUCCUCUUUCUUCUGUACAGAUGUUUCCCUCUGGGCUCUGGCUCUAGGAUGUUGGAGAACCGAGAAGAAGAGCUGACCACGGUGCGUGUGCAGGACCCCCGGGUGCAGAACGAAGGCUCCUGGAACUCCUAUGUGGAUUAUAAAAUCUUCCUCCAUACCAACAGCAAGGCCUUUACUGCCAAGACCUCAUGUGUGCGGCGUCGGUACCGUGAAUUCGUGUGGCUGAGGAGUCAGCUCCAGAAGAAUGCAGGCUUAGUGCCUGUCCCAGAGCUGCCUGGGAAAUCCACCUUCUUUGUGGGCAGCACAGAUGAGUUCAUUGAGAAGCGAAGACAGGGGCUGCAGCAGUUCCUGGAGAAGGUUGUGCAGAACGUGGUCCUCCUCUCCGACAGUCGGCUGCACCUCUUCCUGCAGAGCCAGCUCUCGGUGCCUGAGAUAGAGGCGUGUGUGCAAGGCCAGGGCUCGCUGACAGUGACAGAAGCCAUCCUGCACUAUGCCAUGUCCAACUGUGGCUGGGUGCAGGAGGAAGAGAGUCGUCCUGUCCUGCUACCAGGAGGAGACCUGCAUGGCAGCUGUGCUGGCCUGGGAAGCCCACAGGGUCCAAGCUGCCUAGAGACCCUCCCUCACUGGAGUGACUUUGGCAUGGAAGACACCCACUCAGACAGUCUGGAUGCGAUGGCCGAGCGCAAGACGCAGUGAACGUCUCUAGUGACCUUGCCUGCCCUUCCUGGGACCUGUAGCACUUGCUGGGUGAAGAGGACCACCACUGAGCUGGAGGGAUGUCCAGGGCAACAGUACUGGAGCUCUACUGGGAACACGGCCUUGCCCUUGGCUCUGCAGUGUCUGGGGCUCAGGCGCUUUCUCCCUGCUGACUCUGGACUGUCCUUGAUGUUCCAGGCAGUGCGUUCAUAUAGCUCUUUUCAGAGAGGAGAUCUAGUGGUUAGUGAAACCUGUGUUUGUUGUUCCCAUGGCCUUUGCUCCCUGACUGGAGCAGUAGGAGGGCUUAGAUGACUGGUCUGCAGUGCCAGCAGGGCCCCGUGCUCUUGGCAUGUCCCUGGCCAACGUGAGGUGGGUACAGCUCAAUGGCUCACAUCCAGCACGAGAGGGGAAUGCUUCGGCCCUGGUGCGGAGCCUCAGGCUGCGAGCAGGGGUUGGCUGCUGCCCAGCUCUGUCCUUGUGGGUUUCUUGAGUUCAGUUCCCUAGUGCUCCCCUCUGAAACUCAGGCAGCAGAGGCUGUAUUUCCCUGGUUAUAGCCAUGCUGCGCUCCUGGGGUGGUGGUGUCUCAGCUGUGCUGAGCUGCAGCCCUCAUGCUGGGUGCAGAUACUGUAUCUGCACCUGGGGCCUCCUGGCACUGCUUGCCCUGCAGGUUGCACGCAGCUGGGAUGGAUGGGGACAUGUUCCCCUUGGGGCCUGUUGCCUGGAAUCUCCUGUGCCCUAGGAGCAUGGGGCUUGGGAAUGAGGCAGCGAAGAAGAUGGGAAGCAGUUUCUCUCCCCUGCCCCUUUGGGGGAAACCACUUCCAGACAGGCUUCUGCAGGAGAGCACGUCCUUCCUCAUGCACUGGUUGUGAGGCACAGCUGGGAAGCUGAGGGUGACAGCAAGGGAAUGGGGGUGGGGGGACACAGCCAGCAUGUAGUUUAUUUGCUAGGAGAGAAGGUGCAUGUAGCUUCCCUGGAGUCAAUGUCUGGCAGUGCUUGGGCUCCAGUUGCUCUUGACACUGUUCCCUGGGCUCUCCUGCACCUUUUCCUGCUACCCUGAGCACUGGUGAAGGCAGAGCUGACGUGCUCUGACUUGAAAUAAAAAUGAAGUA